GUUCUGAAAAAUGGUAAAAAUCAGUAUCAGAUACGUCCAGCAAUUACAAUGGUUUCUCUCACUAUAUAUACACUACAACGAUAGGUUGGCUUCUACCACUAUAUAAAACCGGUUCUUUCUUGAAAUCAACUUGAUUAGGUUUUGGAAUCAUAUCUUUGCAUUUACGGUGAUGGACUGGGACGAAGGAAGCGAAAUAAAGAAGAGGAUCGUCAUUGGAUCAUGGGGUGGUCAUGGUGGAAGCCCUUGGGAUGAUGGUAGCUUCAAUGGAGUUAGAGAAAUUACCCUUGUCUAUUCUCUUUGUAUAGAUUCCAUCACUGUUGUCUAUGACCAAAAUGGCCAGCCUUAUCAAGCAGAGAAGCAUGGAGGAGUUGGAGGCAGUAGAACUGCGCAGAUUAAGCUGCAAUUUCCAGAAGAAUACCUAACGAGCGUUAGCGGCUAUUAUUCCCCGGUGGUGUAUGGUGGUAGUCCUGUGAUAAGGUCCCUCACUUUUAGCAGCAACAAACGAAAAUUUGGACCAUUUGGUGUUGAAGGAGGAACGCCAUUUUCAAUGCCAAUGGAAGGUGGGCAGAUUGUAGGCUUUAAAGGAAGAAGUGGAUGGUAUGUAGAUGCUAUUGGCUUUUAUAUAGCUAAAGUGAAGACAACUAGAGUCUUACAGAAGGCUAAACAAAGUCUAGUGAAACUUGCAUCUUCUGUGUCUAUGAACUACAGAUCUGGAGAUGAACCAAAAAAGUAUUCUUAUUUCUACAAACCAACUAUUCCAAAAACUGAAGCAUAAGGAACUGGACCUCGAGUCAGUCAACCUGAUUCCAAUUCGAGCAAUCCAAAGAAGAAAAUUUACAAGGAAAGAUCUCCCUAUGAUUUAUGAAAACUUGUGUUCAUUCAUAGUAUGUAACUCAGCUAUCUGUACUACAAAGAAAAACUAAUAUGGUUUUAACAACCAUUUCUUGUUGACGUUUAUGCUUUAGUGUUAUAUAUAUACUUUUAUAUA